AUGGUUGAGGCUCUAUGUCACACUACCUCUCGUUCUCUUUGGUGUGCAUUAGAGUCUGCUUACACACAUGCUCCUUUAGAACGAGCCCAUAAUCUUAAAGAUUCUCUAAGGCAAUUAAAGAGAGGUGAUUCAUCUGUUUCUAAGUUUGGCAGAAAAUUAAAGUUUGUAUGUGAUCAUCUAGUUGCCAUUGGUCAUCUCAUUUUAAAUGAUGACAACUCCCAUUGGUUUCUCUGUGGUUUGGGUCCUGCUUUCGAAUCCUUCUCCACUGCUUAUCGUACAAUCCGGUCUAGACCUCCUUAUCAUGAUUUACUAGCUCAAGCAGAAGGACAAGAACUUGUUGUUCAUUCCCUUCAUGGCUCCUCCACACCUCAAGUCGCCUUUUCUGCAUCUCAUCAAUUCCCUGCCGCCUCUCACAACUCUUCAUGUGGUUGGGGCAAGUCAGGUCGAGGAGGUAGUAAUGAUUAUUCUGGAGCUCAUGUUGGUCAAGGUCGUCGAUCUCCCCACUGUCAAUUAUGUAGAACUGAUGGUCUUUAUGCUAAUAUGUGUCCUCAGUUGCCUACAUAUGCUAAGCAAUCCUCCUAUUCGAUUGCCAAUUUAGCUUAG